CUCCGCACACGGACACUGCGGCUCAGCGCACAUCGCUGCCUCGGCUGCUGCGGUUGCGACAUCGGCAGUGCUACGUUGGGAACAGUGCCAACAGCAAGGAUGAUUUUUUUACACUCGCGCUAGCACAGUCCAACGCGUCUGCCAGGGACCUCUUUCUUCCCGCAUCUACAGAUCGAGACUGCAACACAUCAGCCAACCUUCUCCCCCCCCCACCAUCUCAUUCCCUCCCCCCUCCCACCCCGAUCCUGGGGACACGGACAGCCCCCGCCAGCACUGUGUUCGCUGCUGCUUCCGUUCCAGUUGUCAAGCCAGCUCCGAGCUGCAUCCGACCGCCUUCCUGUCCCGUUCGCUCGCUCGCUGGCUCGCUGCUGCGGCUGGCCGUGGACCACAGCAUCCCGCCGGCUCCGGCUCCCGCUCCCGCUCCAACACCAGUCCCCGCGUUUAGAAGAGGCCGAGUUUGGGGCUGCGGGCACAACGGGAAUCGCCUCGGAUCUUUCACUUCCCUCUUCAUUCUUGGACAUCAUCAAGGCCAUCAGCAGUGAUGUAGGACGUGAAGAGAGGUCCUUCAUCCUGGAUCCACAGCGUGAGGAGCCCAACAUAUUGUCUCUGGUGAUAAAGGCGCCUUCCUGGCAUUGCUCUGUAUUUUUUCUUAUGAGAAGCAAUAACAAUUAUUCACAUUAUUUGAAAUUUUAAGCCACAAUAGAGUGCUAUUCGAUUUGGGGGAAGGUGGUGUUUUAGCUCAGUCAGCUGUCAGUCAAAAAGGGGACAGGGUUAUCAGCAGCUUGGCAGUAAUAACUUUUUUUAAAAAGGAAGUAUUUAUUAUUUUAUCUUUUCAUUUCACUACUAAUUAUGUCACAUGAUCGGAAUAUUGAGUUGGAGCACUUUGAGGAGAGAAGCCGGGGUCACCGAUCAUCUCGGCGUGGAAGUGGCGGUGGAGGAGGUGGAGGUGGCAGCGGCGGAGGAGGGGCAAGCUCGCGUGGAAAUGGUUUACCAAGCCCUGCUCACAGUGCUCACUGCAGCUUUUACAGGACCCGCACUCUGCAAGCACUCAGCCAGGAGAAAAAAGCCAAGAAAGUCCGCUUUUACAGGAAUGGAGACCGCUAUUUUAAGGGGCUUGUGUAUGCUGUCUCUCAGGACAGGUUCAGGUCCUUGGAUGCUUUGCUGGUGGAACUGACUAAGUCUCUCUCAGAUAAUGUCAACUUGCCCCAAGGAGUCAGAGCCAUCUACAGUAUCGAUGGAAGCAAGAAGAUCACCAGUCUGGAUGAAUUGCUGGAAGGUGAAAGCUAUGUCUGUGCAUCCAAUGAGCCAUUCCGUAAAGUUGACUACUCCAAAAAUGUCAAUCCAAAUUGGUCUGUUAACAUCAAGACUGGAACGUCCCGCUCUCUCUCUUCACUAACAACAAGAGGUGAAGGAAAAGAGGCCAAGGAUUUUAUCAGGCCUAAACUGGUGACGGUUAUCCGCAGUGGUGUAAAACCUCGCAAGGCAGUAAGGAUACUUCUAAACAAGAAGACAGCACAUUCAUUCGACCAAGUUUUAAAUGACAUCACAGAUGCUAUAAAGUUAGAUUCUGGUGCAGUCAGAAGGCUCUACACACUUGAUGGAAAGCAGAUCAUUUGCCUGCAGGAUUUUUUUGGAGAUGAUGAUGUCUUUGUUGCAUGUGGUCCAGAAAAGUACCGAUACGCCCAGGAUGACUUUUUGCUGGAUAGUAGUGAGUGUCGUGUGAUGAAAUCGUCCUACUCACGUUCUGGUAGUACUUCACGACAUUCCGGAUCAAAAAGUCCUGGGUUGUCUCGUCGAAGCAGAUCUCCUGCAUCAGUUAAAAGAGGAGGUUACCACACUGCAUAUUCUCCAGUCAAAUCCCCAGUGAAUGGAACACCAAGCAGUCAGCUGUCAACACCCAAAUCCACUAAAUCAUCUAGCUCUUCACCGACCAGUCCUGGCAGCUUAAGAGCUCACAAGACUAGUCAUCAAAUGGGACCAUCCACCAAUGUAAAUGGAGUACCUCAACAGACCAAUGGCACCAGUCCAGAUGGUCUGAAUGGAAAUAGAUACUUUCCAGUUUCAACUAUACUUGAUAAAUAUAAAGUUGGGAAGGUGAUUGGAGAUGGAAACUUUGCAGUUGUUAAAGAAUGUGUAGAGCGAUCGAGUGGCAAGGAAUUUGCAUUGAAAAUAAUUGAUAAAGCCAAAUGCAGUGGUAAGGAGCAUUUAAUUGAAAACGAGGUUGCAGUGCUGCGGAAGGUUAAACAUCCCAAUAUCAUCAUGUUAAUUGAAGAGAUGGAUACUCCAACAGAACUCUACUUGGUAAUGGAGUUAGUCAAGGGUGGAGACCUGUUUGAUGCCAUCACAUCAUCAACUAAGUAUACAGAGCGAGAUGCCAGUGCGAUGAUGUACAACCUGGCUUCUGCUCUCAAGUACCUCCACAGUCUCAACAUUGUACACAGAGACAUCAAGCCAGAAAACUUGUUGGUGUGUGAAUAUGCAGACGGAACCAAGUCCUUGAAAUUGGGUGACUUUGGUCUAGCAACUGUGGUAGAUGGACCCCUGUACACAGUUUGUGGUACACCAACAUACGUUGCUCCAGAGAUCAUUGCAGAGAGUGGGUAUGGCUUGAAGGUUGACAUAUGGGCAGCAGGUGUCAUAACAUACAUCCUCCUGUGUGGCUUCCCCCCAUUCCGCAGUGAGAACAAUGUGCAGGAGGACCUGUUUGACCAGAUUCUUGUUGGCCGCCUGGAGUUUCCAUCCCCUUACUGGGACAAUAUCACAGGCUCUGCUAAAGAAUUGAUUAGUCGAAUGCUGCAAGUGAAUAUUGAGUCACGCUACACAGCUGAGAAAGUUCUGACCCAUCCCUGGGUGGCUGAUGAUAUGGCACAAGAGCAAGACAUGCAGAUAGCAGUAACUGGCAAAUUGAAAAAGCACUUUAAUCCAGCAACAAAGCAGAGCAAUACUACUGCAGGCGUCAGUGUAAUUAUGUACACAGCUCUCGAUAAAGAAAGUCAGAUAUUCAGUGGUAAGCCCCAGCGAGAUAUUGAAGGAGUUGGUAUGGUGCAAACAUCUCAACCCUGUACGGCUGAAGAUCCUUCCGUGUCCGAAUCCAUGACCUUAACCCCUUAUUCAACUGAGUCAGUUGUGGCCCCUGCACCUCCUGUCUGAGCAUGCUCUGCAGGCCUGGUACAGAUACACUCAACGAGAUAAAUGUAUUGUGCUUUCUAGAAGCAUGGUAUUUAAAAAAAACCUCUUUAAAGCAACUAAGUUUUAAAGAGAGCCACAUUGAGUUAGUUUCAAACAAACUUGCUUGUUAAGUGUUGGUUUUGUGUCAAAAUGCUUUUUGCUACUCUCCUGUAACCUGUGAAUUGCACUAGGGAGUCAGAAUUCCUCAGCACCAAAUGUGAGAGCGAGAUUGAGCACUGAUAUGAGAGGCUGUCAGUGAGGUUUGAUUCCGGUUUAGGUGUUGUGUUACCAUACCAUUUUGUCGAUCAAUACUUCCACAUUUCAUGUCCUCAGCAAGUAAUACUCCAAUUUGGCUGAGCUUAAACACUCUGCUGUUCAAUAAUUUAAUUUUAUUUUCUUAUGGGAUCAUGGAGAGAAUCUUGUAGUUGGAAAUAAUUACCAUCUCUUUGUGCGAUUUGGCAGAGUUGCUUUAUCUGUAACACUGACUCCAGUCUCCUGCCAAACCUUUAGCAGAUUCCUUGCAAAUCCUCAGCAGGAGAACAGCAAAUAGAGCUUUUCUCAGUGCUGGCUCUAUUUCCCCUGGGGCUCUUAUUGGUUUCCUGCUAAAAUUAGGUAGGAGAUGAUCGCAGCAAAUUUCAGGGUCACUCAUUAGCCAGCCUAUUUUAAAAGAGGCAGAUUACCACAGAGCUGUUUUAAAUUGCUAUUCUUCACGGGAGGUAAAACCUUCUAAAUGUACGUGGCUAUGAUCUCACAUUGAAAAGGAAAACCUGAUUCCACGUUAGAACGUAAUCAAUCUGGUUCAUUUUAGACUAAAACUUAUAGAAUCUAGAUUGGCCAAAUUGACUUUUGUUGUGAAAGUUUUCACAAAGAAAUGGCAACUUGGAACUGCAGAACAGCCAUCAUCACAUUGAGUCACAAAACGAUGACAAAACUUUCAAAUUCUUAAGGAAGGGCAUAAAACAGCAGCAAAAAUGAUCAUGUGUAAAGUCAAGCUGCUUGGUCAUCUUAGGUCCUUGGUGGAAUCAGUAUACACCUUUGUGAUGAUGGGUCUACCUCAACUCAUUAGGGCCUACAUUCACCCAUUGAAACAGGUCUCCUCAACUUACCGGACCCAAUGAUCAUCUGCUAUACCAAAUGACCUGAUCACUUGAUCAAAAUCCCAGAGUUUAAGGAACCUGCUUCACUUUAUUCUAAUGCCGUUCACAUGGGAACUCAAGCACGAGUCUCAAGUGUGAAAGGGAGAUGAUCGCAGGGUCAAGGUGUGAAAGGGUUAUGAAGGAGGUGAAUGAAAAGCAGGAGUUCCCAAGCCACUAAGUAUAUUUACUGACCUCUCAAGUGCGAUAUAAGUUCAGGAAACUCAUCAAUGGUAUCUGUGUGCCAAUAAAUGUACAAUACGCACACAAGACUCCAGGAUUCCAAACCUGAAAGUCAUGUAGCAGUCUCCACAUUUACCACAGCUCUAGCAAUCACACACACCUUCCUACUGCUUCCUUUUAUACACUGCUGACUUGGAGCAACAGUUAUAAGUCCAGCGUCAGUUCAGUUACCUCUUAAGGAGAAGUGCAUCUCUGCACUGGCACUGCUGAAUUUGUACAAAGGGCAGUGUGCCAAUAUUUCCACCAUUUUAGACUGGAGGUAUCACUGUCAAACCUCUUAUAACCCCUUAGACCGCAAGGCACCAUCAGGUCCAGAGAACUUACAUGUUUUGUGCAUUACAUCAAAGCCAGGUGCCUCAACUGAUAGCUUGAAGAUUCAUAUUUAUUCUGAAUGAGGCUUUUAUUUUUGGUUGCUGCUGCACUGUCUUUUGCUGUUCAGUAGCAAGAGACACAUUGCUAUAUGCACAUUGACACAUUUUCUCUUGCAGAGAAAGUUGGUGAGCACCUGCCCAAUACAGCUGCACAUUGAUAGUGGCAUUACUGUGGCCACAGUCAUAUUGAGAAGAGGGUGUGGUCAACUGAAACCUCAAACUCUAAAGAGCUUGUGGCCAAUGGUGAUUCAAAGAUUGCAGAAGAUGACAGAGUGCUUUCUCUAAUACCCAUCUUACUGCUUCUUCUUGCAACCUUGCAACACUCAGAUAAUAUAAACAAGCCUUUCUCCUUUCACGUCCUUUCUCCUUGUCAUAAGAAUGCAUUUGUGCCUUUCUCCUUUUAGAUACCCUUCCCCUUAACCUGACCAUCACAACAACCAGCAGCUCAGAAUCUGGUCCUCCGUAUAACUUAUCAGGUGGCUUAGAGCAGGAAUAUCUUCAUUUCACCGAGCACAAGUCAACUGUAGAUAAGUUGUAAGGGCUUGUUGGGAAGUGUAGCUUUUAUACUGCUUAUCAGAGCUUAAGGCCUCACAACUUCAGGGAAGUUGAGUGAGAAUUAUGAUGAAACAGCAGAAUGUGUGUGGAGACAAAUGGGACAUUGUCAGGCUGUCUUAAUGGCCACAUACAAUAUCUGGGAGCAAGUAGGUGCUCUUGGUACUUGUGGAAAGCCAUGUUGAGUGUAGAAUAUAUAUUUCUACAUACGGACAUGUCCUGACACCCCUGAUUAGGAGCACAGGGGAAUCCAGUUUUAUGUCAACAAUCGCAGACUCAGUCACAAUCACAAGCCCUGACGUCUGCAUCCAGGCUCAGUUUGCUACUCUGCAACCUCUGACUUCAUCCAGUCCUUUUCAUAGACACUGCCUGACCUGCUGAGUUCCUCCAGCAAUUUUUAUGCAUUGAUCUGCAGAAUCUUUUGUGUUUAUAAUAUGCCAUAUGUCUCAUAUUCCUUUAUGACCCUGGAGGAGGCAAUUCAACCCAUCAAGUCAAUGCUGGCUCUCUGAUCAAUACCAUCAGUCCUAUUCCGCUAUUUUUGUAGCUGCAACCUCCCAUCUCUCAUGUGGCCCUACCACCCACCUAUGCUAGGGACUGAUCUUACCUACCAACCAGCCUGCCUUUGGAAGGAAGUAGAGCCCCCAGUCGAAACUAACACAGUCACAGGAACAAUGUACUAACUCUGCAUAUGCUCAUAACUAGAGAUCCAAGUCACUGGACCUGUGAGGAAACCAGAAUCACCUGCUGCUCCACUGUGCCAUCGACUUUACCAGGGAGUUUGAUACUGUGAUGGCCCUCUAGUGAUCAGACCUCCAGCAAACAGGUCUGCUGGUGCCUCAGCUCUUAGCAAUGGCAGCAUCCCUGGGAACUUGCCCAGCAUCCAUGUUCCCACCACAACAGCACCAGCAGUGCCCCUGCUAUGGCCCAAGCUACUCUCAGUCAUUAUAAGGCAGCAUAGCCAACAGUUGGCCCACCUUAGCCCCACAGGGCUGCUUGUGAGUGCCCUUCGCGGUCAUCUGGACCUUCCUCUGUUGCAAACGAGGAGAUAGCCGUUUGGGUGAAUUGCAUGGAAGUGAUAGUAAAGACAUGUGGGAGACACACACCAAGGGAACACUUAACAUUGAUCCAUCAGUGGCUACAUGAUUUCAUAUCUGCUGUGGUUUCACCCAUACAUUCCGUUGCUCUGUGAUUGAGCUCAAAUGGAGACUCAGGUUAAAAUAAACAAUAGCAAGGGUGGUAGCAUGGGAACAGCACCAGCUAUCUCUUUCAUGUUCUAAACGUGAGAGUCUGCAGAUGCUGAAUUUCAGAAUAAUACACACAGGAGAACAUGAAGAAGCAAAUGGAGGAACUGAGCAGGUCAGGCAGCAUCCGUGGAGGGGAAUAAACAGUCAACAUUUCGAGCCAAGACUGUUAAUCAGUUAACUGAUUCAUCAGCUUCUGAUGAAGGCUCCGGGCCUGAAUCAGCGACUGUGGUGAUGGACAUAGCUGGACAGCCAACGAGUGUUAAUCACCCUUGAUUGCUACUGAUAGUCAUGAGGGCUAAAUGUCCUGGGCAGCUGUUCAUGAGGAAGGAACUCUUCGCUAGGCCAUCAUAAGCGAACACAAAGAUCAGAGAUGGACAUUUGCAAGAUUGGAUGCCAUCUAUCCUCCAAUGUUGCACUCAGAUACACAGGAAAAGAAGGAAGCGGGAAAAGGAGUAGGCCACCCAACCCAUCAAACCUGUCCAAACGUUCAAUAAGAUCCAUGAUGGCUUCAACAACUAUUCUGUGCCAGACCUCUAUAACAUUUAAUUCCUUGAUCUUUCAAAUAUGUAUCUGGCUUCACCUUAAAUACGUCUAAUGAUCUCUCAGAGGCAGGGAAUUCUAGAGUUUCAAUUCCCUGUGAGAGAAAAAAUUUAAAUGCAUCUCAGUUUUAAACAAUCGGCCUCUUAUUUUGUAGACAUUUCCCCUUGUUUGAAACUUACACACCUAUGAAAACAUCUUGAUUUCUUCCUUGCUAACCCCCCGACCCCAAGACCUUGAAAUGACUGCUGCCUUUGUCCUUCUAGAUGGUGAAGGCCAAAGUGUUGCAGUGUGCUGCUGAGGACCCUUUGACAAACUGUUGCCUCCAAAUUGUAGUACAGACGUUGCACUAAUGAUGGACUGUAGCCAAUGUUCAGGGUGGUAAAGAGGCACAUUGAUUUGUGCUAAAUGAGUUAAAGCUUCUGUGGAUCUGCAUUCACAGAGGCAUAAGAGAGCUCCCUCCUUAGCCUUAACUUGUACCUUGUAGUAAAGGGAGAUAUUACACAAGUGCUAUGCAACCAGGGUCAUAUUUUUUACAGCCACAUUAAUUAAUUAAUUGGCUGAGCCAGGACAGUUUAAUGGCUCUCCAUCCAGUAAAUAGUUACCUGCACUGGUGAACUGGUCAUUAUUUGGAACUUGUUUGGCAUGAUCCUCGAGGUACCUGAUUUUGGAGAGGUUCCCCCUCUCUAGAAUUAGUGAGGGCCUUUAAAUUGAGCAGCAAGGCAAUUGGCUCCACCCUGGCAGCACCUCCAGAGAAGGUUUCAUUCCACUGCCGCCUGCCUUAACCAUUCUUUUGCUCAACUACCUGUCCUCCGCUCCACCUCUUCAUUCUCUCCCUCUCCCUCUCCCGCUCCCUCUCCCUCUCCCUCUCUCUCACUCUCACUCUCCCCGGCUGCUGCUGCAUAGCUCAUGCGUGCCUUUUGUCAACAUCGACAACAAGGCAUUGGAACCCUAUGCACUCUAGUCUAGGCAACAAAAUCUUUCUUUGUGGGCCACAGUGGUUGUCCUGAUAAUGUUCCUUGUGACCUAACCUGAGCAGAGAUGGCAGUGGAAACCUAACAAUUCAUUUCACACCUCUAGUCAGGAAAGAAAAAAAUCUCCUGUAGUUCUUGAUGUUUAUUUCCCAGCAAUGAUCUCUGUUCCAAGUGCGAAUGUAGACUUAGUGAAAGAGGACAUGCUAAAAUGUCAUUCAGUAACAAAUUGACACUCACACUUUAUGCUCACAUAUGAAUAACAACACAUAUCUGAUGCUGCAGUUCACAUCCCUGCUUGACCCAUUGCCUUGUAAAGGACAGCAGAAUAUUUUACAAUACAAGCUAUUUUAAUUUGGAUUACUGGUUGUUAUGCUGGGAGACAGCAGAUUUAAAUAAGAUUAUUUGUCAAAAUUUUCCCAAGCCUUCUUUCUCUACUGCAUUGCUUUAAAGGAAACUUUAUUUAAGAAACCAGGAAUUAUUUUAGUGGAAUGGGAGAGAUCCUUUACACCUUUUUUUGGGAUUAAUAUGCGAUAAAUGUGAACUCUAUUGUCCACAGUUAAAAUUAAAUUGUAUUCUAGUAUGCUGCAUAAUGUUUCUGAAUGCUCACAGUGGAUUUUUUAAGACUGAAUACUAGCAGCAUCCUUUCAAUCCAUAUCCUCUGUUCAAAUGAGGCCACAUGCACAGAGACUGCUGAGCACACACAUUAAAGACAAAAAACGUGCCACACAUUUUGAAUUGUUUGAUUCAUCUCACAAGAGUGGUUGUGCACCUUACAAUAAUGGUGGAGGUCUGUUUUUUAUUGAUCGAAGUAUCACCUUGCCAGAGAGUCCAUGGUGUCACUCUUCAUAUGCACCCUGUGCUCCGAUACCGUGUUGUUUUUCUGAGCCAUGCCAGUGUUUUUCCCUUUUCACCGAAUCAGUAUCCCUCCUUAGCUCACCCGUUCAUGCUCACCCUAUAUGUUGUCUGAACAUAUAUGUGAUACUGCUGCAAGCAAAAUUUUCAUCGUACCUGUCCUCACCAUACUUGUGCACCAAACAAUAAAUUCAACCUGACAUCCAUGAAUUUAUUGCAUUAAACAAUAAAUUCAACUAGACACCCAUGGCUAUUGUGCCAUAUUGCUGGAGAAACUCAUUACAAGACCGUUCCAAUGCAAGACCUUGGGUUUGUGCAUGGUAGAUUUUUGUAACUGAAUGCUUUGGACAAACUGACGCGGACCUCCUACCUCUUUGCAGUGUAUUGUUGCUGAUGCUACAGUUUCUCAGCCUAUAACUCAACAUUUCAAUCUGGUGGAAUGUGAGUUCAACAUAAGUUUCCCCACGUGACGUUCAGUUCCUUGUGAAGACGUGGUGGAAAGUGUCAAGCUGAGAGAGAGCUGGGCUGGGAUUAGGAAAAGAAAAUUGAAGAAUGGAUACAAAUUGAAGAAUUGUGAGGAGUUUGGGAAAUUGCUGCUUCCCUCCUUUGCUAUAUCAUUUGGGCAAGAGGUGGGGGUUCAAGUAGAUGACAGGAAAGAAAUAUCAAGUAAAAUAUGCAAGAAUAACAAUAAACUACAUAAUCAUAUACCCAGAUCAGAUGAUUAGUCACAACAAGUAUGUAUAAUCCACUUUCUGGCUUAUAUUGUGCAUGCUGAUGGAUUUUUCAAUCUGAUCCACUGACCAGUAGGUCAUUUUUAUAUGCCUGUGUAAUAGACCUUAAUUGCAAACAAAAUAUCAAAAUAAAUAUUCAGACUGAUUUUAUACCAAGGUGUAAACCAAUGGAUUUUGUCAGCAGUGAGUUUCCUCAUUUUCAAAUCUGUAAGCACAAUUCCUCAACACUCUCUGUUGAAGAUAGGAUUAGGUUUUGCUAUGAUGACCUCAUUGUUCAGUAGGCUGCAGAUUUAAUCUCUGAUUUUGAAGAGUAAACACUCAUUGGGUUGACAGUUCACUUGCAGAUGGAGAAAGGAAAUAUGAAGAAUCUGUAGGUACCUAAUACAAUUUCUUUGUAUAUAUCAGUCACUUAUAAUGAAAGGAAAAUGGCUGCAACAUUAUCGCUGGCUUCUUAAAUGUGCAACUCAUGCAGUAUUAUUGCAUGCUGGUAGUUUAGCUGUCCUGGUGAGAUCAUUGAACUUUCAACAGUUGGUCGUUACACAGGGAAUGUCAUAGAUAACACCUAAUACCAAGGCUACCUCCAUCUAUUUUGCUCACAAUUUUAUGUUGACUGCUCUGUUUUGCUCACUAUCAAUCAGUCAAUAAAUCCAAUCUAAUUAUUAUUUCCAGUUGUAGCAUUUCUAGAAAUACAAAAGAGUAAAGUUUAAAUUUGAGCUUGUCAGUUCCAGUGCUAAUUGUGUCUCAAAUUAUACCCUGCUUGACGUGCCUUUUUCCCCUGCUUUUCUGCUCAAAUGUAAAACAAUAGAGCAUUUUUUUAAAAUAUCAUUUAGAACUGACCUUUCAAUUUCUUUAACUCCAAAAUUUUCCUUUCUGAAUUGUUAGAUCUUUCUCAGAGACUUGCCAAUGAAUGCAGUUAGCUGAAACUCCCAACAGUGGUUAAUUUACCCUGGAGCAUGGGGAGUUUUGCGAAAAGUCCCUACUUGUAGAAAAUUAUUUUGAAAAUGAAAAGACCCAAAAAAAAGCCAGAGUGGGACUGAAUGCCAUUUGUGAGUGAGAUUUGGUGUAUUUUGUAUAGGAAAAGUACAGAAUGUUAAAAAUAGAUUCAAAUAAAAAUUCUAGCAGAGUUCUAGACAAUGCUGUAGAUCUCUCAGAUAUGGACCUAGGUUUGAGUUUGCUCACUGCGACUAUUUGUGGCAUGAUUAAGACAAAGGGGAGCAAUUAAAAUAAGUGCUUCAUCUUUCCAAACAUGGCUGAGUUAGGCUAUUAGAGAACUGGGAUGCAUGCUUUAAACAUGCAAAUCACAAGGUACAAAUGAAUAUUUUAAAUGGGUUAUUAAGUCACCAUGAAAUUAAACGGUACACAUCAAUACAUGCCCGAUGACAAGAAGAUAAGUGUUGGUGUAUUGUCCUUGCACGGGAUUCUUUGCCAGAAGGCCUUGCUUUAUAAAUACACACCUUGCACAAUGCCUUGCUGCACUUGCAUUGGACUGACCAUACUGUUUUAGCAAUUCUACAUAAAUGAGCCAUUCAUUGGCACAAGUAAUAGAGUUAUGCCAUGCAGUGGAUCAGAAUUCCUUUAGGAUGAUGGAUGUAUAAAGAUUGGCCCUUACCCAGCCAAGAAUGGUUGAUAAAUUCUCAUUUAGAACAAUGAAUAGUCUGUGAACUUCACUCAAAUGCCAAUCAUAAUUAGCAGUGUUUAUUGUACAUUGUAAAUCAAAGUGUGUUUUAUUUGUCUGUUUAUAUUUUAAAAAACAAAAGCUCUCUGUAACUGUGAAGUGGGAUGGAUCUGUUACAAUACAGCACUGGACAAAACACUCAAGGGAUUCCAGAAAUAUUCUAACACUGUUUCUGGAUGGAGUCAAAUCAGUACAAACAUCUUCCUAAUAAAGGCCUUUCAGAACUUGUUUAUCAUGUGCAUGUCAGAGAAAUGUGAUCAGUAUUUGUUGGGAACCAUGUUCAGCCUCACUGAAUGUGAAUACGAGAAUUGGAGUUUUAUUUAUUGGGGUAAUUUAUAAAGGUAUUUAUAGCUGUCAAGCCUGACAAGAAAGUGCACUAGUUUUCUAAAAGAUUUCAUUCUUUUUGGCUACAAGUCUGAUUUUCAGCAUUUAUCCCAUGUUACAUUACAGACUUUAAAAUAAGCAGUUAUAACCUAGUUCUUCUUCUACAGUUUCGAAUAAACUAUCUGGCAUGUUACACAAACAUUGGCAAGUCUACUGCUUAACUCAUUCACUACUGAGAAUGCUGACUGACAUCUCAUGCACUGAGGUUUUUCUGAUGCAAGGAGGAUGCUGGCCUGUGCUUGAGUCACGGGUGUGCAAGGAGCAGAGGCUGUUGUCAAUGAAUGGCAUGCUAAAACAUUAAUUGGGAUAUUUACCAAAGCAUUCUUUCAGUGGAGAAUGAAAUCUCAACCUAGCCAUCCUUGGCAAUUUAUUGUUAAAUUUUAGCUAAUUGUGAUAGCUUGUCACCCACAGUGUAGAAAAACAUAAAAAGAAACUGGUUCCUUAAACAAUGUCUGAAAUAAGCUUGCACUUCCUUCUCCUUUUCAGUCUUUUGUUCCCACCUUUAGUUCUUCAAUCCUGUUGCUAGUUUUGUAAUAGAAAUUCACACAAUAAAAAAUGUCCUUC